CGAGUGGAGACGCCUGGACGUGUCGAGCUUCGGGUGAAAGGGACAGGUCCGGCGGCAUGGAGAAAUACGAAAAGAUCGCCAAAAUCGGCGAGGGCUCUUACGGCGUGGUCUUCAAGUGCAGGAACAAAGACACCGGCCAGAUCGUGGCGAUUAAAAAGUUUGUGGAGUCUGAGGACGAUCCGGUUAUUAAGAAGAUUGCACUCCGAGAGAUCCGGAUGCUGAAGCAACUUAAACAUGCCAAUCUUGUCAACUUGAUUGAGGUGUUCAGAAGAAAACGAAGGCUUCACUUAGUUUUUGAAUACUGUGAUCACACUGUAUUAGAUGAAUUGAACCGAUACCCCACAGGGGUGCCAGAUCAUUUAGUGAGGAGAAUUACUUGGCAAACGCUGCAAGCUGUGAAUUUUUGCCACAAGCACAAUUGUAUACAUAGGGAUGUAAAACCAGAAAAUAUCUUAAUUACAAAACAUCACGUCAUUAAGCUUUGUGAUUUUGGUUUUGCCAGGAUAUUAACUGGUCCUGAAGAUUACUACACAGAUUACGUAGCAACUCGCUGGUAUCGUGCCCCAGAGCUGUUGGUUGGAGAUACACAAUAUGGCCCUCCAGUGGAUGUUUGGGCAAUAGGCUGCCUUUUUGCAGAAUUGUUAUUUGGAGCCCCCUUGUGGCCAGGAAAAUCAGAUGUUGAUCAGCUUUACCUGAUUAGAAAAACACUAGGUGAUCUGAUUCCUCGGCAUCAACAAGUCUUCAGUUCAAACCAAUUCUUCAGUGGAGUCAGCAUACCAGUGCCUGAUAAUGUGGAACCUUUGGAAAUGAAGUUUUCAAAUAUUUCACAACAUGCUCUUGGAUUAAUGAAAGUAAGUCCUGUUUGUGUUGCACAUUAAUUAGCCAAGUAGGUCAGUAUAUUGCUAGUAUAUUGUUUAGCAGUAGGAAGUGGCUUUACACCCUUUAAGACUACUUGUAUUGAAUAAAAAGAAAGGUGGGGAAAAGAUCAUCUGAAUGAUAGUAGAACAGAGGUUAUAUAAGAUAUAAUAUAGAAAUUGGCUGCAGGGCUGUUUGCAUUGAUGAAUGAUCUG